GGACUAGCAAAAUCCUUCAAUGAAAACCAUUAUCCAGAUCGAGCUAUGAAAGAAAAAUUGGCAACAGAAUUAGAAAUUACAGUUAAACAGGUUAGCAAAUGGUUUGCAAAUGCACGUUGGAAAUUUCACCAUCCAUUGCCUGCCAGGCAGAGAUCUACGACCUCAGGAGUUCGCAAGAGAAAAAGUACGCCAGAUGAUCAUCAAGGAUCAGGUUAAAUUCCAAGCGUUGAGAGGAGCAACUGAAACAGAAGUCUUCAUCUUUCAGGAUUUCGUUGUUGAUGCUUGCGGUUGCUGGUAGAGGUCGUGCAAUUAGUGCCUGCCUUUCUGUUUCAAUUUCAGUUCAUGAUGGUUUGUUUCUAUGUCUAUUAGUUUAUAUGAAAGUGGAAACUCUAUGUUCCCCACCUUUAUUUCUGAAGUUUUUAUUUAUUCUCAAAAAAUAUUGAUCAAGGAUUGCAAGUUUAAAAGUUGAGCUUGUGUAACUGGUGCUUGCCUUUCUUUUUCAGUUUUAGCUUAUGACAAUCUUUAUGUAUGUUGGUUUAUAUGUAAGUGGAAACUCUAUGUUCCCCACCUUUAUUUAUGAAGUUCUUAUAUAUUAUCAAAAAAAUAUUGUUUAAGGUUUGCAAGUUUAAAUAAUAAGGUUGUGUUGGCUUUU